AUGCAAGCAACUAGGUUAAUCAAUCAGUUUAAGUUGAGCAUAAAUACCACCGUGCCGCGCCCUCUAGACUACUUGACCAUUAAUUCCUAUCCCUUCGAUGUAAACAUCUUGUCAGCAACCAUAUGCCGACUUGACCCCAGCUUAAACACGUCCGUUGAAACCCGCCAGCCUGAGAGGUGGUCUAUCCAGAUAAAGAACAAACGCAUCACGGCAAUUGACGAGGGAGGAUUUACUCUGAUAAAGAGUGGAGGGAAAAAGACUGAAAAGUCGGUCGUCUUGAUAGAGGCGAAAAGGCGGCUCGAUGUAUGUACCAACCAGCCAUUUGUGUCCGAUGAGCGACUGGGGCAAAUCACAUCCGAGGCUAUUGCCGCACGAUCUUCCCGCGAAGUAGAUAAUGAGCGCGAGGAUAUUUUUAUUUAUAUGUGCUUCUUCCACUUUAUUAUCACGGUAGACUAUCUCGAGGAUGUUAACCAUGGGAGAAUCCCAACUAAAGCUGCAAAAGUCACGGCAACACGUUGGUUUAAUUUAGAACGCCCUCUUGAUAGAAAGUGUGCUGUUAAGAAUGUACUACACCUGGCGGAGUACAUGGGACAAACGGAGGGGAAAGAAGACGAAGAAGAAGCGUCGGCUUUGCCCGACCUAUGA